GACACUUCCGCCCGCGUGAGUCCUUCCGGGGCGGAAGUCACUAUGGCGGCGGCCUUGGCUCGGCUCGGGCUCCGGUCUGUCAAGCAGGUUCGCGUUCAGUUCUGCCCCUUCGAGAAGAACGUAGAGGCGACGAGGACCUUCCUCCAGGCGGUGAGCAGUGAGAAGGUGCGCUCCACCAACCUCAACUGCUCGGUGAUUGCGGACGUGCGGCACGACGGCUCCGAGCCCUGCGUGGAAGUGCUGUUCGGAGACGGGCAUCGCCUGGUGAUGCGCGCCGCUCACCUCACCGCCCGGGAAAUGCUCACUGCCUUUGCCUCCCACAUCCAGGCCAGAGGCGCGGCGGGUAGCGGGGACAAGCCAGGCGCUGGGACCGGGCGCUGACAGCGCGGGAGAGACCAACAGGCAGAUUUUAGCCUGGGACUACUAGGACACUUAUCUAAGAAGAGCUUGAUUUAAUCACUCAAAUCACUACCUGGAGAGCCACGGAGCGCCAAAAAAAAAGAGCCUUGUGACUACAAGUCCAACCAAAGUGUCUGAGACAAGACAAGAUAGGGAAGGGGUCGGGAUAAACUUGAAUUUAUUUCACUUUCUUAUCAUCACUCAACCCCUUUUGAAUUUGGCUUCUCCCACCAUUCACUCAAGGAACCUCUUACACUUACUAGCCAAGUCCAGUACUGUUUUCUCAGUCCUCAUCUUUUCAUCUCAGUAGCCUCUGCCGCUCUCGAUUCACUCCCUUGUGGAACUUCUCUUCCUCUUGGGUCCUUUUUUUCUUAACCAUAAGGAUGUACUACUCUCAUCCUUCUUUUUCUUCUCUCUUUAUUUUUGGGGCAUCUCAUCUUCUAUCAUAACUUGAGCUACCCUCUCCGGUUAAACCCUGCAUUUCUGUUUGGCUUUAAUCUCAACUUCUGUGCUAUAGUCAGGUUACUUACUACCAAUAUCCUCCAAAUCCCACCAACAUUCUUUGUCCGAAAAAGAACUGAUAAUCUCACAUAUACAUAUACUAGCCUCUCCCCAGGACUUCCCCAUUCCUUUUAAAGGCAUUUCAUCUGCUCAGCCCCCUGGGCUGGAAACUGCAGCAUUAUCUCUGGUUCUGCCCUCUCCCUUUCCCUGCAUAUCUAGUCAGUAAGUUCAGAAUACUCUGUCUUAAACAAAAGCUCCUGAAAUGGUCUGUCCAUUCCCAGUCACUCUCCUGUGUCAUUGUUGCAUUCUUCCACCCAGUAUCCUUUUUUCUAAUUUUUGCUGCUGCUCUAUUUUAUCUUUCCAAAGCACAUCACUGGUUUUAUGUCUUACUACUACUACUACUUGUUUCAGAGAACAGUGCCUAAAGUGUUUUUCAUACUAGGUUACCACUCAUUAGUGUGGAUCAUGAAAUCAAUUUAGGGGGUUAAAUCAACCUUUAAAAAACAAAAUAGAAUAAAAAGUAU